AUGGCAGAAUCAACGAUCUCAGUCCUUACAGGGAUGAGACUGAAGAAGAAGGCAUUACUUCUAGCUGUUCUAAGCUUGGUGGCAAUGAAAAGACCCAAGUUUCUGCCAGGCUACAAGAAUCCAUGCUGGAAGGAUGUCACCAAAGAAGGCCAAGAGAUUGUCACAUGUAUGCCGUAUUUUCAUCUUUUAGGAGCUGAUAAAUGUGGCUCCACGGAUCUUUUUGACAGGAUCUUGCAACAUCCAGAAAUGGAACCGGCUGGAUGUGAGGGAACACCCAUGGAUUUAUGGGACUUCCGAGGAUGGCCCCGUAUACCACAAAAUGACCAUCUGGCAGAGCCGGUGAUUAUGACUCCACAUCUCAUGAGGCAUAUGUAUCCUGAUCCGAAGCUGCUCGUCAUUCUCAGGAACCCUGCUGACAGGUUAUAUUCCGACUACUAUUUUCUUGGAUAUGGUAAUUCCCCGGAAAAGUUCCACAAAGAUGCAAUAAGGGCGGUAGCCAUGAUUGAAAACUGUCUGAAAAUAAGGACAAGAAAACAGUGCAUCUUCGAUAUGGACAUGUACGUCAAUUUACCGAUGCGAAUUCACAUUAGCUGUUACUCAGUGUUUUUGAAGGAAUGGAUGAGAGUCUUCCCAAGAGAGAGUUUUCUUAUCUUGCGAAACGAAGACUAUGGGCAUGACAUAAGAAAUCACAUGAAUAUGGUUUUCAGCUUUCUCAAUAUGAGUCGAUUACCGGACGCAGACAUGGACGUGAUAUCUAACGCAAAGAGGAAGCACGUGACACAAUCCAAGAAGAACAAAGGUCCCAUGUUUGAAUCCACGCGUGUUUUGUUGAACAAUUUCUUUGAGCCAUAUAAUAAGGAAUUAGUAACAUUGUUACAAGAUGACCGAUUCUUAUGGAAGGAUGAACCAAAAACACACACUUGAAAUAGCAAGACCAUCGAGUGGACGUAUAUGACUGUAUAGUUUCCCUUUGGAAUGCUGCAGCAGUAGGAUAUCCAUUCAGAAGCAUAAUUAAUUCAAGUUUGCAUGGUACACAGGGGACCUGGAUAUCAUCAUACUGCAAUGUUAUACCUCGUGUAUACCAUUGGCAACCUCAUUCACUUAUAUUUACUAUAAAAAUGACACUCAGGAAUGAACAUAACAAUUGCGGAAAGACAAAAUGUAGAAAGAUAUGGAGAAUGACUAAAAACCUGUUAUUUGAAGUUCGAUAGCCCUCUCAGCUUUGCAACACUGGGAGCCCAAUUUAUGAGAGGACUUGCAAGGACUCAGUGUUUCUACGGCUGCCACAUACCUGUCUCCAUUUCAUGACAUUAAGCAAUUCUAAGUAUUCAUCCCUAAAUAAAUACAUGUUCCUGAUCA